CAAGUGAUCAAUCUUUAUUUUCGAAAGAUAUGUCAGAUUAAUAUACAUGUUCUCAGUAUAGAAUAUACAAGCUGAUAAAACAGAAAAUAAUAUUUAGUAUGUUACAUAUAUAUGUGAUCUGCUAUACUUAAAACAAUUUUGAUCUGGAAACCAAUAGUUGAAUCAUGUCGGACGCCUUUGAGGAGAUACAAGCAAUCAAGAUAAAAAGGAAUAGCCUACGUGAGAAACUGCAGAAAAGAAAACGAGAAAGACAUGAAUUAUUCACUCUCACCUCCACUCCAGUACCUUCUGCUCUCAAGACAGAAUCAACAGAUCCUGAUUCUAAUACAUUGUCACUACGUUCGGAUCAUAAUGAAUAUGAAAGAGAUAUACUCUGUAUCUUACAUGAGUCCCUACCUAAUUUGCCGAUAACAUCUGCAGAUCUAAUAGAUCAACUGCGCAAAAAUUUAAACGCAGAUGUGUCCACUUCUGAUAUCCAUAAGAUUCUGGAAAAACUGGCUGCCCAAGAUAUAGUUAAGAUCAAAGAAGUUACGGAGAAUGGAGUAUUUGGAUACACAGUAUUGUCCUUCACAGAGUCCCAGUCCUCAUAUCAAUCCCAAUCUGAUGAUACGGAAAAUGCAGAGAGCACAGAGACCUCCGCAUCUGAAUUGAACGACUAUUUGCUGCCAGAGAAGCAAGCGAAAAUAGAGAGAAAGAAUACUGAGGACAUCAUGUCCUUGAUCUCAAUGCCGACGAUUCGAGAGAAGGAGAGUAAGAAAGUCGGCGAACAGAUUCUAGACCUGUUGUCCAAACAAACGUCCAAGGAGAAAUCGCUGGCAGAACGGUUUCGCUCUCAAGGCGGUGCCCAAGUCAUGGAGUUUUGCCCGCAUGGCACGCGGGUGGACUGCGUGAAACUGAACGGCGGCCUGGGAUUUGCGGAGAAAUGCAAGAAAUUGCACUUCAAGAAAAUCAUACAGAGCCAUACGGAUGAAUCAUUAGGGGACUGCAGCUUCCUCAACACCUGCUUUCACAUGGACACAUGCAAAUAUGUCCAUUACGAGGUUGACGGUCCUACAGCACAACCAAAGGAGACCAACGAUUCCGAUAGCCCUAGCAGCACCACAACUAACAAGACACUUAAUCUGGAUAGUAAGAACGGCAGUGGUACCAGCAGCAAUGCAGGCAGUGAGCUGACAUUGUAUCCACCGCAAUGGAUUCAAUGUGACUUACGUUAUCUAGAUAUGACGGUAUUAGGUAAGUUCGCGGUGAUCAUGGCUGAUCCACCGUGGGAUAUUCAUAUGGAACUGCCUUACGGUACCAUGUCAGACGACGAGAUGAGACAAUUAGGGAUCCCAGCCCUUCAAGACGAAGGACUUUUGUUCUUAUGGGUAACCGGUAGAGCCAUGGAAUUGGGCAGAGAGUGUCUGCAGCUGUGGGGCUACGAAAGGGUGGACGAGAUCAUUUGGGUGAAGACCAAUCAACUGCAGAGAAUAAUACGUACAGGCAGAACCGGGCACUGGCUGAACCAUGGCAAAGAGCACUGUUUAGUAGGCAUGAAGGGCAAUCCUCGCAUCAAUCGAGGUCUGGAUAGCGACGUGAUCGUUGCCGAAGUACGUGCUACUAGCCAUAAACCUGACGAGAUUUAUGGUAUCAUCGAACGUAUGAGUCCUGGUACCAGAAAGAUCGAACUAUUCGGUCGGCCGCACAAUGUGCAACCCAACUGGAUCACCUUGGGUAAUCAAGUGGACGGUGUCCAUCUAAUCGAUCCGCAGCUCAUCAAAGCCUUCAAGAAACGUUAUCCUGACGGCAACGCGAUGAAACCUACUAAACCGUAAAAAUAUCCUUUUAUUUAUAACGUCGACUAAAAGCUCAAGUGACAUCAUUGGCUAAAGUGAGUCAAUUUAUUGAAAAUAUAAAGAAACGAAUCUUGUGAGAGUUAUUCGUGGAACGAAUAAAUAUACAAGUUUUUCACACA